GGUCGUGAUAUUUGACAUCCUGGUGUUAGUAGGUUGUUAAUUGCAGCACCGUCGGUCCUUUCCUUUCAACUUCGUACCGUGAUCCACAGUGCAAACUUUGCAUUUCGCACUCCGCCCCUCGCUUACACGUUUUCGAGAGAAUAUAAGAAGAAACCAGCCGAUCCAGAGACAAAAUCGACGGCCUUAAAGAAGAAGGCAUUCGCACGACCUGGCUACAUCUACCGUGGUUGGACACAGUCGAUUCAUCGGCUUCCCAAAGGGUCGCCAGAGGAUAGCGAGACGUAGCUUCGUUGAGAGACUUUUUCGCUCGUUCUAGCCCCGCGGCCUGCGCUCGCCGCUAAACGCAUUCUCGAACGUUCUAGGGGCGCGGACGCAGCAGCAGCGACCUUGUGCUACCGACGAACGAGUCGGAAUACAUCGGCGGAGGAGCUGUGCACGAUGGGUGUGUACGGCACUAUGAAGAUACUUACCGCAGUGAUGCUGCUGGCUAUGCUGGAUCUAGCACGCUGUCAGGGAGUAAGACUCGGCGGCGGCUGCGUUUACAAAGGCGAGGUCUACAACGCCGGUGACGUGUUCAAGCCCACAAAGUGCGAGGUGUGCGUUUGCGACGACAAUGAGGUCGUCUGCGACUACAUCCUAUGCGAGGAGCUUACAUGCCCAUUCCAAAAAAGCAUUGAAGGAGAAUGCUGUAAGGUGUGCGCCGAUGAACCAGAGAUUGGUAUUAAAGGACAAAAGGGAGAACCUGGAGAAAUUCCAGACAAUGUUGGGGAAGGACUUCCAGGACCCGCAGGAAUACCAGGUAUUCCCGGACUACAAGGAAUUGACGGACGGCCAGGAGCAAGAGGUCCAAAGGGAGACAGAGGUACACCCGGACGUGAUGGUAACCCCGGAACCCCUGGUAUUCCCGGACCACCAGGACCCCCAGGUGCAGGAAUGGACGGUGAUCUUGCCCGAAGUUAUUCAGCUGGAGGCAAGGGACCAAGUCCAGUUAUAGCUGGACCACCUGGAGUUAUGGGACCAAGAGGAUCACCAGGAGUUUCUGGUUCACCAGGACCCCAAGGAUUCCAAGGACCCCCAGGAGAGACUGGUGAACCUGGAUCUAGUGGACCACCCGGACAUGCAGGACCUUCUGGAAUUCCAGGCAAACCAGGAAAAGAUGGCAAGGAUGGCAGACCAGGGAAAACUGGUCCAAUUGGUACUCCUGGACCACAGGGACCGAGAGGAUUUUCAGGCACACCUGGAAACCCAGGACCCAAAGGACAUAAGGGUCAUGCUGGUCUUAAUGGUUUGAAAGGAGAUAGUGGUCUUGCUGGAGCAGAUGGUGAACAAGGAGCAGUAGGAGAAGCUGGACCUCCUGGAAUCAGUGGGCCGAGAGGUCUACCUGGUGACAGAGGAAGGCCAGGAGCUGCUGGAGAACCAGGUGCUCGUGGAUCUGAUGGUCUUCCUGGACAAUCUGGACCACCAGGACCAACUGGAAUUGGUGGACCUCCAGGAUUCCCAGGUGCGCCAGGAUCUAAGGGUGAAGGUGGACCUACUGGUGCAAGAGGACCUGAAGGACCCCAGGGUUCAAGGGGUGAAGCAGGAACACCAGGCUCCCCUGGACCAGCUGGGCUUGCGGGCUCUCCUGGUAUUGAUGGAGCAUCAGGUUCCAAGGGAUCAACUGGUGCACCCGGCAUUGCUGGACCACCAGGCAUUCCCGGCCCAAGAGGCUCACCUGGUACACAAGGUAAUAUCGGAUCUGCUGGACCUAAAGGAAACACUGGAAACCCUGGUGUUCAAGGCUUCAGAGGUGAUCAAGGACCAAAAGGAAGCAUGGGUAGUACUGGACCACAAGGUCUGCAAGGAGCACAAGGAGAAGAAGGAAAGAGGGGUUCCAGAGGAGAAGCUGGACCUCCUGGACCAAUUGGUUCAACUGGAGAGAGGGGUGCACCUGGUAACAGAGGAUUCCCUGGACAAGAUGGUCUAUCUGGUCCCAAGGGAAGCACUGGCAGAAGAGGACGACCUGGUGUUGCAGGACCUAAAGGAUCAGUUGGUGACGUUGGCAGAUCUGGUGAACCUGGUCUUCCUGGUGCAAGGGGUCUUACAGGCAAGCCUGGUGCUGAUGGUAGACAAGGAAAGCAAGGUCAACCCGGUGUUAGUGGUGAAGACGGUCGCGCUGGACCUGCUGGUGCUCCAGGACAGAAGGGACCACCGGGACAAAUUGGUUUCCCAGGACCUAAGGGUGUAUCUGGAGAGCCAGGUCGAGGUGGUGAGAAAGGUAUUGCAGGUCCCCCAGGAUCACGUGGGUUGGCUGGUAAAGAUGGAGAGAUCGGACCACAGGGUCCACCAGGACCAAAUGGUGUUGCUGGAGACAGAGGAGAAGCAGGACAACCUGGUCCAGCUGGGUUCCAAGGUCUUCCAGGUCCUCCAGGACCUAACGGAGAGCCAGGAAAGUCUGGAGAAACUGGUGUUCCAGGAGAGGUUGGUCCAUCAGGAGAACCAGGACCCCGAGGUGAACGAGGUUUCCCUGGUGAAGUUGGAACCACUGGACCACAAGGUCUUACUGGUCCACGCGGCGCUGCUGGUAUUCCUGGCUCUGAUGGACAAAAGGGUCAAACCGGACCAUUAGGUCCACCAGGUGAGCCUGGUCCUCAAGGUGUACAAGGUGGAACUGGCCGACGUGGUCCUCCUGGUUUAUCCGGAGGUAAGGGAGACCGAGGAGAUCUUGGUCCACCAGGUAUUGAGGGAGAACCUGGAAAAGAAGGACUUCGGGGUUUGACUGGACCUAUUGGACCACCAGGAGCUCAAGGACCAAAUGGUGACAAGGGAGACCUUGGUAACACUGGACCUGAAGGAGCAACUGGACCAAGAGGAUCUCCUGGUGAAAGAGGAGAACCAGGACCUGAUGGGGCACCAGGUUAUCCAGGAUCACCUGGAGCUGAAGGACAAUCAGGAAAGAAGGGAGAAUCUGGUUCCAGAGGUGUCAAGGGUGACUCAGGUGCUCCUGGAUUACAAGGACCUGCUGGUGGUGCCGGACCAAUUGGACCACCUGGAGUUGCUGGACGAAGAGGUACCCGCGGUGCUAUUGGUGUUCCGGGACCUGCAGGUUUUCCAGGACCAGCUGGACGACCAGGUGCACCAGGAGACCAGGGAUCAUCUGGACAGCAAGGUAACCCAGGAGAGCCAGGUAAACCUGGAUCCAAGGGAGCUUCUGGUGACGAGGGACCUCCAGGACCACAAGGAGAAUCAGGACUCCAAGGAUUGCCAGGUCAACCUGGUGAGCCAGGAUCUGCUGGAGAACCCGGACCACAGGGUGGCCCAGGAGCAUCAGGACUUAGAGGAAACCCAGGAUCUUCUGGAAACCCAGGUCUGCCUGGACCAUCUGGACCAACUGGAGACAGGGGACCUUCUGGAUUACAGGGAGAAGAGGGCAAACAAGGACGACCAGGUCUUCCAGGAGACCGAGGUCCUCCUGGCGACAUCGGCCCCGUUGGACCAUCAGGACCCUCUGGAGAGAGUGGUCCUGAGGGUAUGCCUGGACCUGAAGGUGCACCUGGACGAGAUGGCUCAGUAGGAAUUAAGGGUGAAAUUGGUGAGCGUGGGCACACUGGACCCCCAGGUCCAUCUGGCAUUCCAGGACCCCCAGGUCUUCAUGGUAUCGAAGGAAAGAGUGGUCCACGUGGAGAAUCAGGACCACCAGGAUCCCAAGGACCUCCAGGCCCAGAGGGCGGCAGAGGACAAGCUGGACCACAAGGUGCACGAGGUGACACGGGAAAAACUGGCGAUAUGGGACCAAGGGGUAUCAAGGGUCACCGCGGUUACACUGGUCUACAAGGUCUUCCAGGAAAACUCGGACCAACAGGAGACCCAGGAAUGCCUGGAACUGCCGGACCACAAGGACUUAGAGGAACAACCGGUCCAAGAGGACCUGCUGGCAACGAUGGAUCCCCAGGAGCACCUGGUCCCAUUGGCGCUACUGGUCCACGUGGUUCGUCUGGUGACGAUGGUAUGAGGGGACCUUCUGGACCUGCUGGGCCACCUGGACCUCCUGGACCACCAGGGCCUGGAAUCGACAUGGCUGCCUUCAGAAUGCCAGUCAUUAGUUCAUUCAAGGGACCAAAUGUUGCUGCAGAUCAACCAGUCAGUGAUGUAGGCAGAGAUGAAGAGAUGAUGGUUGUAUUGAAAGAACUUACCAACUCCGUUGAGAACAUCAAAGCACCACGUGGUGUGAGCAAGAAGACAGCAGCUCGCUCCUGCAUGGACAUUUACCUCGCAGAACAACAACAAAACAUUGUUGCUAAGAAUGGCAUCAGAUGGAUUGAUCCUAAUGGCGGCUGCACUGCUGAUGGUAUUGAGGUUUACUGUAACUUUGACACCAUGGAGACAUGCGUCUAUCCAACCAACAGACACAUCGAGAACGGAACCCAUUACACCGGGGAGAGCCGGCAUGUGUACUACGGGGAAGAAAUGGCCACUGGCAGCACAGUAAGAUACGACCCAUCUGACGAGGACAGAGUUCCACACGCAGAUUACACAUCGCAGCUCACUUUCUUGCGUCUGCUCAGUCGUCAAGUCAAACAGCACGUUACCUUCUACUGUCGUAACAUGGUGGCUUAUUAUGAUGCUGCUGCGGACAACAAAGCGCAAGCUCUGAAACUUCGUGGUUUUGGAGAUGCUGAGUUUACUGCUGAGGGAGAUCCAAGCACAACAUACAGGGUUCUCCAUGAUGGUUGCACUGGUCGCCCAUCAACCUGGGGCAAGACAGACAUCGAGUUCACCACUGGAUUCGUUGGACGCAUGCCAAUCACUGAUAUUGCACCGUUCGAUAUCGGAGGUGCCGACCAGCAGUUUGGUGCUGAAUUUGGCCCAGCCUGCUUCCAUUAAGCGGCGGUUAAAUCCCCGCUGUACCCGAAAACGAACUGGGAAUGUGACAACGACGACGACGAACUGCCCGCUCUUAAAACGGAUUUGACGACACGUAGGUGGGAGUUCGCUCCCGCGUUAAAAAAACUAUUUUUAUCUGACGACAACGACGACGACGGCUCUGUAAUGUAACAUUGUACUUGUGUUUUUAUGUCACGCAUUUGUAGCACCGAUAACGCCGCCUUUUUUGCGUUUUUUCAGCCUAGUUAAAUUGCGUUUUUUUUAUGUAUAACGAACAUCCAAACUUACUCAGCAUCCUGAAAAAAUCCUCGCUCAUUUUCGUUUCGCCCAUUCAGCAUAUCUUUCCACACGGCAGCGGCGUUUUCCACCUUUGCUGUUUUUUUCGUUAUUAUUAUCAUGUAGCUUGCGCGACAGUAUUAUACCGUCACCGCUUUUUUUUUUGUCUAGCCUGACUGUACCUGCAUUACUAAAUCUUGCUUCGAACGCCUCAUAGCCGUUCUCACAACGGCUUUUACCAUUCAGCAUACCCCGCCGCCCAGCAGUGACGUAUUACGUGUUACCUGAGCGUCACUUUUUUACAAAACGUCUUAACCCACGGCCACGUCUGGUGUGCAGUCUACCUGUGGUCGCAUGUUUCCUGUGUAUAAUCCCACUCCAGUCAUAACCGGCUCGUGCCGCCUAUCGUACCUUGCCCGCCUGUUGGUCAGUGUUUUACGGAAAGCUUGGGCGUUCGCCUUUGGUGGAAGCCGUUACGGUUGACCGACCAUCGUGUCACGUGAGCAGCUCGUAGUUGGAAGACGUCGUCCAACAUUCGAAGUCGCCACCCGUUUCGGAAGCCGGCAGUUCCCAUGAUAGAGUUCGGUUAAAAUUCCAACUACGUUUACCAGCACUAAAUGUAGUUGGAGUUUUCUUCGUUCGGGAAAAUAACUGCAGCCAAUCCGCGUCCGCGUCCUAGCCCACGUGAUUCCCGUUCACCAAUCAGAGCACGGCUUGGAAAAUAUGUCCCGUGAAGACACCAAACCACCCGUAUUCGCCUGAUACUUUGUGUUUUUCUAUUACUUUGCUUUUAUAUCCUGCUAUAAACGCGUGCACAAUAAAACGACUUACGUCAA